GUAAGUAUCGAUACACUGGUAUCAAUGCCAUGGUUUCUUUGGUUAGCUCUUAUUUGAGUUAUUUAUGAUUUUCCAUUGUUUUGUUAUUUAAUCCAUCCAUGGCCUAUUUAAUGUUUAUCUUUCAAUCAUGCGUAGUUCUAGAUCACUCCUAAACAUAUGAAAAAUUUUAUGAUGGCGUGAAUUGACUUGCGAAUUAUGAAGCAUUAGGAAUUGUAAUCACACACUUUCCCUUAAUAUUAAAAUGAUUAAUUUCUGUGUAUCAUCAAUUUGUAUGCCAUAGCAACAGACUUGUUAGCAACAAAUUGAUAACAGCUUGCUAGAGCAUUUUAUCACAAUUAGGUACUUGCCUAUCUUAUCACUUCUUCACUUUUAAUCACCCAGAAACGAGAGUAAAACCACUCUCGUGCAUUUCACGAGAUGGUGUAAGAGGUUGUAAUGUUGUUCAUUACGUCUCGUUGAUGGUUUGAGUGGGAGCGACAAAUAAGUGGUACUCUCAGUUUAUUUCGGUCAUCGACACAAUCAAGACGAACUGUGUAAUGGAUCCGUUACGUGCAGCAAACGUGGAGGAAUUGAAACAUAUCAUUGGCAUCUACAAACAAUUUCUUCCACAGUCGAUCCAAUUUGUGUCACUGUUGCAAAAUAUUUUACGCACCAAUCUCACACUUCACGACACUGAUAAGGAGCAAGUCUCCCAUCGACUACAAAAAACUGUUUACAUUCCCAACAAUGAGAAAGGAAAUCGUUUGGCAACCUUUGUAGCCAUCAGUCGUGAAGAGGACCUAUUCAUCUUUAUGAAUACAUUGGAAGUUCCUCCUACGGAGCUUACGCACGCUCUCGAGAACACCACUUACAUUAAAUGGGGAAUCAAACCUAUGUUUGUGAUAAGUGAUAACAGUGAAAUUCGUGCAAAGCUAACUCAAUUAACAGUGGAACCCAAAGUUCAGUUCGAAAGUUGGUCCGAUUGUGUUAACUAUUGGAUGCCACAAACAGAAGCUGCUAAGCUUAGUUAUAUCGUUCCAGCCGACGUAGAUUUAAAGCCAUUACAAGUUCAACAUGCCAAACAAUUAAACGAAUGGUGGCCAUAUCGAUACAGGACAUCGGAGCAAUACUUCGAAUCUGCCAUUAAAUAUUUCGGGGCUUUCGGUUUGUUUGACAAAACAUCGGGAGAACUAGUAGCAUGUGUGUUCCAGAAUGAUCAUGACGCUGUGGGACACCUAUAUACAGUUCCCGAACGUUGCAAUCAAGGCUACGGAUGUACUCUUGCAAAAGCUAUAACUAAACAUAUUGCUGUUCAAUACAAGCAAGAUGUGCAUACUUUCAUCGAUGGAAAUAAUGAAAGAUCAAUAAGACUGUUCAACAAAAUAGGAUACAAAGCUGUUAGCCGAACUGAAUGGCUUGUUGCAUCGAAACAUUGAUACAAAACAUUGAUUCGCAUGGCAAAUCAGCAUGAAACAAUGCUGUUGGAAAAAUAAUUUAUUCUCAAAAUCUAUAGAACUACGAAAAUAAAAUUAAAAAUUUCCAUUUAUAAUGACAUUGAA